AAUCCCUGCCCCCUACGCACUAACUCACACACAUACACCUAGCCAGUGGAAAAGAAAAACGGGUUACUCAUUAAUCCAUUCUACAAAGCUUUCCAAACUGAAAUGGGUGGGUUUACAUCUUCAGUAAGGAUCAAUAAAUAGUAUGCUGCUGACUGCAGCUGCACCAUCAAAGUUAAGAUACAAGGAGCUUGUAAAAACAGUCAAUGAGUUGAAAAAAAUAGUGAAAGUUAAGGACGUUGAACUUCUGAAUACGCCAGAUGACUUUGAGAGUAAAUGCCUGUCUUCUGCUUUCAACUGCUUCCAGAAUGCAAGCUUACACUUAGAACCAGCAAACAGCCAAUCAUCUCGUAAUUUUGAAGUCAUGAUUACGAGGUUGAGGAGACCAAUUAUUACACACACCAUUACUGACAUGAAUUGUUCUCCAUGUGAAUCUUAUCCUAAAGCAGCCCCCAGACAAUUUUUGGACAGCUUUCUAUCACUGCUACAGGAGCAAUUCAUAAAACUUCACAUUUAGGACACAAUGGAUACGAAGACUACUGGACAUCCACUAUAUAAAGCAGACACUAUAUUAUGUAAGACAACAAUGAAAAUGUAAAUAUUGUGUAUUGAACAUUAUGAUGUGUUGUAUGUUGGGUACAUUAGUGAUGGACCUUCCUCAAAAUGUUUAGAUGAGUUGGAUAGUUAUUCAAAGCUUAUCUGAACCUCCCCUCACGCUGGAAAUUAGGCUCAACAUUUCUCAGGAAAAGGUUCUCUCAUGAGAUUUCAAGUAUUCCCCAAUUUUACCUGGUUUAGAAAUACCAUGAGUAGCAGCCUUGGGUUCCAAAUUAAAUAAACAGACUUAUUUGAACCUUUAAAAAAAAAAAAAGGAAAAAAGGCAAAGAAGAAAAGCUAAUUAGAAUUUCUGAAAUCGCAAAAGAGUUUGAUUAUGAUUUUAUCUGGACCAAUUUGUUUAUCUUCAUCAUCACACACACACAAUUUUAUUUAUGGGUAUUUGGAGCUUUUUGCUAGUCAACUACUGAUAAAUAUACCGUAUUUUACUUUUAUCAAAAGUACAUGUUGAAAUAUUUAUGUUGUAUAGAGACUAAUAUUUUGAUAUUUAUUAUUUUAAAAUUACUGGAAAUACAUUUACAACCCAAACUGUAUAAAAUGGCCCUGAUCCUUUUCCCUACUGAGGACAAUGGGGGUGUUGCCAUUGACUUUAAAGCAAGCUGUAUUGAGCCUUAAAUUUUAAGAAGUGAAAAUCUAAAAUCUCUUGGAUAUACAGAGUAAUAUUGCUUGAAGUCAGGCACCUUUCUGAUUGUAAGCACCAACACUCAUACACGUUAACAUCAAAAAUACAGCAGAGGCACUUGUUUAAACAUAAUUGGUUUGGUUGGCCUUCAUCCCCUUGCAUAUCAUCAAGCAGACGCAAUAGUUAAAGAUCGCUGGAUGCUGUACACCUCAAAAGCAUAUUGUCUGCUUAGAAGGGCAAUAUUUUAAUGUUUUUGUAUUCUUAGUCAUGUUCCAGAACACUAUUUCUCCUAUUUACCAUUCAAUUGUAUUUGUGGUUUCAACUGUAACUGCAAUUUUUUAAAAAAAGCGUCAGAUAUAUAAUGUGAAUUUUUAUUGUACAAGUUCUGAACGUGGGUGUAGAAUUCUGCAGCUGUGCUGCUGCAGUGUAGACACUUCCUACAUUGUUGGCUUGGAGUUUUUCUGUUAAUUUACCUCUCCGAGAGGCGGUAGCUCAGUUGACAGAAAAAUGUGUCUGCCAACAUAGCCCUGUGCAGCAUAGCACUGGGGUUUAGGUCACAGCCCUGUGCAACAUUGGUAGGUCGAUCUAAUUUUUAAGGAUAGACCAGGCCUAAGACUGAAGGUAGCAUUUAUGCCUUCAUAAAAUAAAAAUAAAUACCAUUAUACUUAAAAACUAGGUUUGAGCUGCUUAGUUAUAUGUCACCAUAGUUUACUUAAAAUAAUAUUGUGCACUUCUAUAGAACCUUCCAUUUGAGGAAGGUAACAUACUUUACAAGCAUCAAUUCUUAUAGCCUCAAAAAACACCCUGUGAGGUAGGUCUCAUCCCUAGAUGAGGAAAGCAAGGUGCAAACAACUUGCCCAAGACCACACAGGAGGUCUGUAGCAGAGCCUAGAAUACAGCUCCUGACUCCCACAAACAGCUUCCUCCCAUUUAAUUCCUACUUCACAGGGAUGUUUUGCAGGUGAAGGAAACUGAAAAUAAAUCUAUUUAUAAGUGUAUUUCACACAUUUUAGUAUAUUGGAAAAUGACUAUAGGAUUAGUUGUUAUGAGAGAGAGGUACCAUUAGACACAAGUUCAUUUCUACCACUAUCACACUAAGCUCUGGUAAACAGAAAUUGGUGAGCAAAGAAUCUUUCAAUAUCCAUUUCUAAGUGCCCUGCAUCUUCCUGGAAUGUACAUCACUUUAAAUACAUGUAUCAGAAAAGGGAAAAAAAUUGUCAAUCAACAGAGGAUAAAGUUGCUCUUGCAUCAUCACUGCUUUUUGGCUGAUGACAUUUUAAAUUUGAUUUAGAUAUUUUUGCUUUAUUUCAGAAAACGUUGUUCCCUUCUAAAUCAGUGUUUCCAUUUUACUGCCUGAGUAUUAAUAUUCUAAAAAUUAAUGGUAGCUAAUAAGAACUUUUAAAUGCCUUUGUGCACCCCUUUAUUCUAGUCUCUAUUACUUUGUCAUGCACAAAGUUCUUUAACUGACCUACUGAUAAUCAAUUUGCAAAGCUAUUGCUGUGGCUGAGAGAUUUGCAGUUAUAAUAGUUAAAGAAAAUCAGGACAAACAUUCUCCAGAUGACUGGAGAAUAUUAAAGGCAGUCCUUAAAUCUCAAAGUGUCAGCUGAUAUUUCUACUAUUAGAAGUUUUAAAUUUUUUUAUUAAAUGUAACAGAAUUCACUUAUAUUUUAGAACAAUCUAUUAACAAUGUAUUUCACCUAAAGCAAGUUCUCCUUUUACUAAAUUAUACUAGGCUUACAGAUGAAGGGACAGAUCCCAAAAGCCCUCUAUCAGCAGAAAUCCCGCUGACUUCAGGACUGGGCCCAUAUAUUCACCAAGAGUGUACAGUGGUUUUAAAAAAAAAUUGUAAAUGCCUUUUCCAGUAAUUUGCUGUGCGCAUUCAAGAGUGCAGUCAAUACUCUAGAGUAUCCUUACAAAAUUCUACUUGCCCACUUUCCUGGGGAGAAUAAUUUGUUUGGAUUGGCAAGAAAAAUAGUUUUUCCAUAUUCAUCAAUAAUCAAGGUAAAAUAGUGGGCAAGUAGAUUUUGUCCCCGGAGUGGUAAAUUUUAUGACAGUUUUGCAAGGCUGCUCUAGAGAAGCAAUAUUCACCAGAAUGUCAUAAGCUAACUAGCGAUUCCUGUCUGCAAUGAAAUAUGAUUUGUUUUUUGUUAUGUGAGAGAAUGUGUGGGAUGGUAAGCACUGUACCUGUAUAUGCUUUGGAUGAGUUGCUCCAUUUUUCAAAUUAAGUAGCCGAGCAGACUUAGUGUGACACUGUAGUUGUAUUUAAAUUGUACUUAAUUUAUUAUAAAACAUUUAAAAGGAUCUAUUUUACCACCUUAAGAUCCUUUAUAAAAAUCUUAGUAAACUAUAAUAAAAGGACAAUUUAAAAAAAAAUUAAGUAUUUUAACACCAUGAAGAAUUAAUAAGCUACAUCCUGCCCGGCUAAUACUGUCGAGGAAUAAUGAGUUACUACAUUAUGUACAAUGAAACCUGCCUAUAGAGUCAAAUUCACUUCUAUGCAGUUCUAACACAAGGACUGUGAACUACUUAAAUUAUAUUUAAGCCCUCAAAAUAAGCCUUAUGUAGAAUUUAAGUGGUACCUAGGACUCGUGUGAGCUACUUUACAAAGAGUGAGUUUCACCCUUAAAGAGAAGUUUCCACUGUGUUUCCAUCUCACAGGCCAUUGGUUAACUAGAUUAUUUAAAAAGCUUAAUUGUGCAAAAUUUAUUUAAGAAUCCUAGUUUUUAUAGCCUUUCACUUCUCUUCUAGUGUCAUCUAUUUAUUUUACUCAGGCUUGCACUCAGCUCAAAAGCUACUGGUCAAAGGGUCACUGAAAGUGUAGGGCAGGUUAAUAUACGUGCACAGUUCUCACCAGGAUUUGAGAAAUGGAGUGUUCUAGACUAAGAUGAAUUAGUUGAAUCCUAAACUGAGAACAGCAAAAUCAAUGUUCAACUUAAAUGUGCCUCUCUCCUUCUGGCAUCAUCAUCAGAAGAAAAAAGAAGAAAGCCUAUGAAGAAGUUAGGAUGUAGGAAGAGUUGAUCCGUGAAGCUUUUGAGACGUGUAGCCAGUCUUAAUGUAGUCACAAUUAUAAACUGAACUGUCUGUGUAUUAACAGCCUUUGCAGCACCAUCUACUGCAAAACAGGGUGAAAGUUCCUAUAGCUGUCUGAGUGCUUAAAGUAAGUCACAGAGGCUCAUUACCUCCUAGGGAGGAUUAACAACCUAUUUAUGAUUUUAGUUAUAGGUGUCCUUUUCAGACACCUCUAUGUGUUUUAGCAUGGUUUAUAUAACUCCUGUAUAGUAGUUACAUUUUAAAAGAGAUUCUAUUUUUCUAUCAAUUGUCUGAUUUAAUUUAAUGAUUAUUUAUUGCCUAUUCAUGAAAAGCUGAUACUGAGAACCAUGUUGUAUAUUUAUAUAUAAAGUCACCAAAUUUAUUUAAAAGAAUAUUACAUUAAAUACUGUUCUGCUG